AUGGAAAUUGUGAUUUUAAAAAAUAGAAAUAUAAUGUCGAUACCGGAAUCUCUUAUUCAAGAGAUGGGUUAUUUUGUUAAAUAUUUGUACUUGGACAAUAACAUCAUACGAAUAUUACCCGACGAAUUAUUUACUGGUUGUACAAAUCUUAUGUGGUUAGACUUAAGAUGCAACAGAAUACGUCGAUUACCAGACGGUGUGCAAGGUCAUAAAAAUCUACAGGUAUUGCUUCUGGGAAAAAAUGAUUUAAAGCGAUUACCUUUGACUCUGGGAUCAUUGCCGAAACUUCGAGAAUUACAUGUUGCUGGAAAUCCGCUUGAUUGCCUUACUAGAGAUAUGGUGAAAAAAGGUUCUAAAUAUUUAAUACGCUUUUUACAAGAAAAAUGGAAAAGUAAUCAAAAUAAUAACGAAAUGAUUCAACAAAAUAAUGAUGAAUUUAACGUAAUAAAAAAAAAUGAUGACAAGAUACAUAAAAAAAAUAUAAAAAAUAUAAAAAUUAUGGAUACGUCAAAAAUGCAGUUAAUGGAAAGAUAUAGUUGGCCAAUGAUAUUUCUUACUAAUUGGAGCAGUGACCGUUUAGUUACCGAUCGAGAUAUUAGAAUGAAAGAACUAGAAAGACUUUAUUUAGAAAAACAAAAAAUAAUAUUAGAAAAGCAAGAACGAAUCUUACAAUCUUACAAAGAUGAAGAAACGCUGAAAAUAUGGAGAGAAAAAGCAAAGCAAUUGCAAUAUUUCGAAAAUUUGCCCAAAUUAAAAAAUUAUCGAGGACUCGAGGUUCCAUUUGGAGUAAAUGAAGAAUUUUCUAAAAUGAUAUCUAGACAAACGUACAGAAAAGAAAGUGUGGAAAAUAUUAAGUAUAAGAAUGCUGUAAAACCUGCAAUAGUUAAACCGUUUGAUUUCGACUUGGAAAUGUCAGAUAUUUACAAUAUACUUAUAAGUUUAACACCAAACGAUGCAGAAAAUACGAACAGUGAUAAAAAUAAUGAUUCUAAAAUAUCAAAUAUUGAUUUGGAAAUUCAAAAGUUGCAUGAUAUUCAAAAACGAAUUGCGCAGUUGAAAACGCGCAUGAUUUAAACAAUAGAAGAAUAGAAGACAAGAAUGAUAACUGCUAUACCUUCUAAAAUAAAAUACAUUAUUAUUUGUUUUAUUACCUACAUUUAGUUUAUAGUAGUUUUAUUAUUCAUAGAAUUUUAAUUGAUCGUAAAUACAAAUAGAUAAGAAUAAUGAGGAAUUGGAAGCAAUACCCCCCCCCCCAAAGUUCAGGUCUAAGUACGCCACUGCUGAUUGAUAUAAUGAAGCGAUAAGAAUUCUAGACAGUGGACACAGAUUUCAAUUUGUCGUCAAGUCUACUUGUGAUCGACUUUCCGAAUUUUUGAUAUUAUCCCCACAAAAUCCUAAAAACGUUAUAUUAAAAAAAGAUAAUUAAAAAUUGAUAUAUUUCAAUUUUUGGAGAACUUGAAAUCAAAAUUACGUGAAAAUUUGAUCUGAAGAAUUCUUGACGCCAAAUUCAAAUCUGUUUUUAGAAUUCUUAUCGCUUCAUUCUAUCAAUCGGUAUGUUAGAAAUAGAACACGUUUAUAACCCUAUGUUGCAUGUAUGUUAGAUAAAGACAGAAAAUCACUGAUUCCAAUACCCUUAAGAGGACGUCUCACCAGCAUGUGUUGUCUCCGUCUUACACACGUACGACAUAGUACAUUUUCGUUCACCAGUUUCAAUA